AUGGGGGCCUGUCUCGGCGUCUGCUCCCUGCUCAGCUGCGUGUCCUGUCUCUGCGGCUCCGCGCCAUGCCUGCUCUGUGGCUGCUGCCCCUCGGCCAAGAACUCCACCGUCUCCCGCCUCCUCUUCACCUUCUUCCUCUUCCUCGGCACCCUCGUGUCCAUCAUUAUGAUAAUCCCCGGCGUGGAGAAGGAGCUGCACAAGCUCCCCGGCUUCUGUGAAGGCAGCGGGUCGGUCCUGGGGGUCCAGACCCACGUCAACUGCGGCAGCUUCCUGGGCCACAAAGCCGUGUACCGCAUGGGCUUCGCCAUGGCCGCCUUCUUCUUCCUCUUCGCCGUGAUCAUGGUGUGCGUGCGCAGCAGCAAGGACCCGCGAGCCGCCGUGCAGAAUGGCUUCUGGUUCUUCAAGUUCCUGGUGCUGGUGGGGAUCACAGUGGGGGCCUUCUACAUCCCCGACGGUGCCUUCACCUCAGUCUGGUUUUACUUUGGUGUGGUCGGCUCCUUCCUCUUCAUCCUCAUCCAGCUCGUCCUCCUCAUCGACUUUGCCCACUCCUGGAGCCAGCUGUGGCUGCGCAACGCGGGCGAGGGCAACGCCAAGGGCUGGUACGCAGCCCUUUGCAUCGUCACCUUCAUCUUCUACGCCACCUCCAUUGCGGCCAUAGUGCUGCUCUAUGUCUACUACACCAAGCCCGAGGGCUGCACGGAGGGCAAGGUCCUCAUCAGCAUCAACUUCAUCCUCUGCCUCAUCCUCUCUGCUGUGUCCAUACUGCCCAAGAUCCAGGAUGCUCAGCCACACUCCGGGCUGCUGCAGGCGUCCCUCAUCACCCUCUACACCAUCUAUGUCACCUGGUCCGCCCUGGCCAACGUACCAACCCAGACCUGUAACCCCACACUGCUGGUGAGGAACAGCACCGGCUCGGCGACGGCCACCCAGCCGCUGACAACCUGGUGGGACGCCCCGAGCAUUGUGGGGCUGAUCAUCUUCAUCCUCUGCACCCUCUUCAUCAGCGUCCGCUCCUCGGACCACCCACAGGUCAACAAGCUGAUGCUGACGGAGGAAAGCGCGGCGGGGGCGGGCGGCGAGGCGGCGGCCAUGGAGAGCGGGCUGCACCGCGCCUACGACAACGAGCAGGACGGUGUGUCCUACAACUACACCUUCUUCCACCUCUGCCUCCUCCUCGCCGCCCUCUACAUCAUGAUGACCCUCACCAACUGGUACAGGCCGGACGAGAGCUUGCGGGUGCUGACGAGCCCCUGGACGGCCGUGUGGGUGAAGAUCUGCUCCAGCUGGGCCGGGCUCCUGCUCUACCUCUGGACGUUGGUGGCUCCGCUGGUGCUGCCAGACCGGGACUUCAGCUAAGGUGGCCCCGGGCAUCCUGCUGCCAGGUCGGAGCCAUUGUGGCCUUGUCCCUCGAGGCCGGGGACGG